AUGGAGGCUCUCGAGAGAAGGCUGCGAUCAAUCUAUGAGGCUUUUGAUGCCAGGAAUCCAAAGGCAGCUGUCAAGCUGGCCACGGCUGCCUUACAAAAGUACAAGGACAACCAGAUAUUGCGCGUCCUCAAGGGCCUCGCUCUGCAACGAAUGGACCGUGUCAACGAAGCUUUUGAGGUGUGUGACCAGGUUCUGAACGAGGCACCCACCGACGAGCAGGUCCUCAACAUCCUCUCUAUGGUGUACAAGUCAAGGGCGCACCAGGCCAAGCUGACGUCAGCCUAUGAGGCGGCCGUCAGGACCCGGCCAAAUGAUGCCGGGCUCCUGACUGUGCUGCUGAGCAUGUACACGAGGGCCUUGGACUUUGUGAAGCAGCAGCAGACGGCCAUGAAGCUGCACCGGCUGGAUCGCAGCAGGGGCGACUACCUCUGGUGGAUCGUGACCAGCUUGGUGCUGCAAGCACGAGCCUCAGGUCAGGCAGGCAGGUCAGGCAAGGGUGGUGGCAAUGGGGAGAAGCUGCUGCAGCUGGCACAGACCAUGGCAGCCAAGCAGCUGGAGGAGAACAGGUCGGAAGAGGGCGAUCCUGUCAAUGCGCUGCUCCUGUACCACAGCAUCUUGCAGGAGAGGAGGCAAUACAAGGACGCGUUGGAGGCAGUGAAGGGGCCAUUGGGGGAUGCCUUCAACCUGGAAGGGGAAAGGGAGCUUAUGGUGGCAGACCUCAUGGCUAAGACUGGAGAUGGCAAACAAGCGGCAACCAUCUACAUGCAUGUGGCUCUCGCACACCCGCAGAACUGGGCAGCUAUUCAGGGCUUCCUGGACUGCGUGCUCACAGCAGCACACCCAACCGCAUCAGCCACACCCACGAAUGGGGCUGUGCAGAUCUGCAAACUCUCCAUCAGCGCAAAUGGCUCAUCCGGUCUACAGCACAUCAAUGGAGCUGCACACGGCUCUGAUGCCGACAUCCAGGAGGCUGAGGACUUUGUGGAUAAGCUUUCAGCUGCGGUCGGUGGCGGAUCGGCCGCCAAAUUGCGCGGCCCUUCCUUGGCAGCAGUCGACCUUGAGGCGCGGAAGCUGAGCCUUGCAGAGAGGAGGAGCUCUGGGCAGACUGCGAGCUCAACGGGGCAGCAGGAAGGAAAGCCUGACACGCCUGAUCUCGCCGCGGCUGUUCUGCGCUAUAUUGAACGCGUGGGCCACCUUGCCAGCUGUGCUGCUGACCUCAGGCAAGCAGCAGCGUUGGAGAGUGGCCUGGAUGAGAAGGAGAGGGGCAUCGCCGAUGGGCUGGUGGCGCUGGCUGCUGGUGCACUUGUAGCCGCCUGGAAGCUGGAGGCAACGCCCCGGAGACCGCACCGCCUGCUCAAUGCGGUGCUUGUACUGGAGGCAGCUCAGGUGGCGCGCAGAGUGAGUGCACCUCUGAGGCUCGCAGCCAUGGGGCUGUAUGGGCUGCUGGGGGCACCGACUAUGGCGCUGGAGAGCUUUACCGCGCUGGACAUUAAACACAUCCAGCACGACACCCUCUCAGGACACUGGCUGCUGCCCUCGCUGCUGGGCACGCUUCGCUCUGACCUGGCAGCGCAGCUUCUGGCCGACUGCCUGCGCAUGUUUGAGGACCACAACCGAGACGCCGGGGACACCGUGCUGGCUGCUUUCCAGGCCAGCAGCUUCACCAAGGUGUUGGAGUUCGUGCGGUUUAAGGAGCGCCUGGGCCAGUCGCACACGCGUGCUGUGGCGUACUGUGAGCGCGCUGUGCUGGCGCUGACGUCACCUCCUGACUUCCCAGACUCUGCCGCGGCGCAGGUGCAAGACAUUGCUGCAGGGGCUGUUGCGCAGCUGCAGAGCUGUCUGCCAGCUGGCGUGCUGGCAGUCGGGCAGGCCACAACGAGCGCGCUGCGAUUCAACGAGGACCUGAACACGCGGCCUGCAUGGCUGCCCCCGGACAGCGGGCGGCCUAGUCUGGCACUCGCCAGAUGGUGGUCCAGUCAGCCUGCCCAACAGACCAGCCACGGCUACGCGCGGUGCUGGUGGGGGCGCACUCUGGCGGCCGAGAGUGUAUCCCCGGAGGCCGAGGCGCACCGGGCGGCGGCCACAGCGGCCCUGCAGCGUCGUUCCCUGCUGCCCUCCCUCAUUGCCGACGCCACCUCAGCGGACCAUGCUGCCGCGGCUGUUUCAUUGCAAGGCGAAGUGGAGCGAUUGGCGCAACUCCAAGGGGUGGCUUUGGGAGAGCUGUCUGAGGUAGCUGCGUCUCAGCAGCACCUGCCAGACCUCUGCGAACUGCUUUGCCUCGCCACCUUUGUCGCUGCCAGCUCUGUGCAGGCCUCCCUAGCCCAACCCAGCGAGGAGGCAUUGGCCCAGAAAGCGGUGCUGCGAUUGCACACUGUGGACAGCUUUGUCUCAGCGCUGAGCGCUCGGCUUUCAGGGGAACUCAUAGGCAGUGGCGGCCCUUUGGUUGCCACUGGAGACGCUGUCUUCGUGGCGGCAGCCUUUGCCAAUGAGGAAGCCUACUGGCUCGCGCUAUGUCUGCAGGCUUGGACCACGCCCCUCAAGAGGAGGAGGAAGGGCAAGAAGGCCGGUGCUGAUGCCGGUGACGUUUCCAGCGUUGCACACGAAGCGCUGCAGGAGAAGCUGUGCGGCAGCUGCCAGUCCCUUGGGACACACCUGCAGGGGUUGAGGGAGGCCCUAAAGGCGCGCAAUAUUGGAGAGGAUGACCUGGCAUUGCAAGUGGGCAGCCUCCUUGCCGAGAAGUGGCGCCAACUGUGGAGCUGGUUCGCCCACAAGCUUGCCUACCUCAUCACAGCCCUCAUGUUCACCAUCUUGGGAAAGUCCGCGGUGGACGCCACCCGCUAUGCGUAG